CGCCGCCACGAUGCUGCGUCUGACCGUGCUGCUCGUGCUGCUCUCGCGCUCGCGCACCGCAUACGUGACCCCCACCUUCGCAGACCAGCUCGACCGACUCAACGAAAAGCUACAGAAAUUCCAACUGGAAGAAAAGAACCCACACGAAAAACUCUACGACAAGCUAGCGAAGCUGAAUGCUUUGAAUCCAAGGGAUUUGAACGAUGAUGAUGAGGAGUUACUGACGGCGAUGCAGAUGUGGGGCAUGCUGGAUCCUGAACAGUUGGAUGGAGUGGUGAAGGAUCUCCAGAGUGUUAGAGAAGAUGAAGAGGCGAGAAGUGAUCGGAUUCUUGAUGAUGACAGUGAUGGGGACUGGAAUGAUCUGGAAGAAGGCGACGACCCCAUCGACUGGGACCAGUACCAAGACGAAGAGAUGGAGAGCGCCUCCACGGCCCGGCCGGGGGUCGUGACACCCUCCGCCAUCACCAGGCUGGGACCAGGCUACCGGGAGACCGUCAUAUCCGCCGUCGACCCCAUCGCUGCCACUAAGGAACGGCCUAGGAUACUUGAUGAUUCGACCCUGACGGCGGUGGAGCGUCUGGCGCUGCGCAAAGCCACGUACGCGAACAUAGCGGCCGUGGUGAAGGCGGGCAAGUGCUCGGAGCCGCAGCCGCGCUGGCUCACGGUGCGGCAGCUGGCGCCUGCUGCCAACAUCGUAUACAUGCCACCAUGCGUACAGCUGCAUCGCUGCGCGCCCGACUCCGGCUGCUGCUACGACGAGGCGGAGGUGUGUGCGCCAGUCGCUGGCAAAUACGUCGCGCUGCCCUUCUAUCUGCAAAAAGCAGACGGCAACCGCAGCAUUGCGCGCAUGCUGUUCUUCAACCACACGAGCUGCGCGUGCGUCUCUCGAGACACGCUGCAGACCACUGUGCGCACGAGAAUAGACCAAGAACUACCGAAGCAGAUAGUCCGAGCGUCCGAAGAGUCACAAGAGAGGCAGAACGACUGGCGCGCCGGGACCGAGGAGCCUCACCUGUCAAGCGCCAGGGAGGACCACACCGCGCCGCCGCAGUUGCGGAGGUGCACCUGCCCCACGUUAUUCCUGGCGCGGCCUCUGAACGACGGCAUCUGUUCCUGCGUGUGCGAGUGGCCCGACGCGACGCGCCGCCGCGACUGUCUAUCGCAAGCGCGCGGCCGCGAGCACUUCAGCAUGCGGGACCGAGUCUGCAUCAUCCACGGCGACUGCAACACUCCAGCUUGCGAGUACGGCGCCUACGAGAAGAGCCUCGGCAAAUGCCCGCAGCGGCGAUACAGGCGGACCCGCUACCACCACAGGGCCAGGGCAACCGAGAGGCCUAGCGAUUAGACCCAAAAUACUGCUGAACAUUGAAUCUUAACACUUUUUAAUGAAUGGGGAUGAUAAAAUACUUAUGACCGCGUUACGCAAUGUUUUCUGGAUUGCUAGCAGUAGGGUAAGGUGGGGCACAAUGUUACAAGGGGUACAAUGUUACAAUGCAUAUUUCUCCGUCCCUUUCUAUAGUUGUAUGAUGUUCAGCGGCUCAGUUCAGCUUCUCAGCUCAGUUCAGCUCUUAUGAGCUUGACAAACGUGUGUGUAUACCAACAUCAUACAACUAAUAGAAAGGGAAGGAGAAAUAUGCAUCGUAACAUUGUACCCCGUGUAACAUUGUGCCCCACCUUACCCUAGACAUCUGAACAAUAUCUAUGUUCAGUAUUUCGAACGUGCCGGCAGUUGAAAAAGUGCGUAUAAAAAAUAACAGUCGUCUUUGCUUUAAUAAAGAUAAUUAAAUACCUACCUUCUUCAAACAUUUCGUGUAAUAACAGUGGCGCGGAUAUUUAUUUACCUUAUUGAAAAAUAUUAAGUCAAGCAUAUGUAUUGCCUCUACAAUUGUUAUUUAAAAUGUAUGGUAUCUACCUACGCCUUUAGUAGAAUAAUGAUUUACCAGUUCCUUGCUUUGGAUGUACCUACGAAUAAGAUUGAAAUUCAAGGCUAGAAGACAUAGAUUGUAAUUUUUCAAGCAUUUUAUACAAAUGUAAAAAAAAUUCUACAACAACAAAAAUUCGACGAUCUUGAAUCGCUAAUUUAUAAAACUUUUGCUAUUUGCCUACUUAUUAUCUAAGUAGGGUAAACCGUAUAGCUAUUGCCCACUUAAUCAUUUCAAACGUUUUGAGAUGAAAAAUUAAAGAAAGUAUUUUAAUUAUCGACCAUUUAUGACUUUUUUCUUAUAACUCAAUAAACUGUUAAACAGAAUAUUAACAGUUUUUAGUUAAAACUUACGUAACUUAGAAAAUAUUGAAAUAAAUUUAAAAUCCUCCAAAAAGUACAGUCAUUGCCCAUUACUUACACUAAUUGCCCACAUCAAAGCACAGUAAUUGCCCAUUAUCUUAAAACAAAAUAAUCAAUUUUAAAAUGACAAAAUAGGCUUUAAAUAAACAAAACAAAACAAUAAACUUCAAUUCUAGUAGUACAGUCUUCAAAAUUUCAAAAUAAAUUGCGUUUGGCCUUAUUAACUACAUAUUAUCAAAUAUUUCUUGAGCUGAUGUUGAUGAGUCAGAAUCUGUAGAGACAGAAUCAUCUACUUCAAAACAUAGAUGACGCAAAAAUUUGAAUUUUAUAUGUAUUUAUUUUUUUAUCUUCUUUUAUAUCAGUUCAAGUGGUUGCUCAGAAUAUUCAAUUAGCUGUUGGUUAUUCUUCCCUAAAGUUGUAUCUAUUUCCUUACAAUUAACAUUUUCACUAGUAGAUUUAACGUGGGAUUUUCAUUUUUUGUAUUUGCGUUUAAAUUUUUAUCAUUUUUUUCAAGCCAAGCCAUAUUUUUCAGAAAUUUAUCUUGUAGAUAAUUUGUUGGAUACAUCUUGUACAGCUUCGAUCGCUUUUUGCAAAUUUUCUAUGCUAUAUUGAACUUUUGAAGUCUUUGGCAUACUGAAAAUGAAACAUUAAAAGCUAUUUCAAUAUUUAUGCCUGUAAAUUGCAAAACAAGUCUAGCAAUGAGCAACUUAAACACUGCUACUGCAUGGUGGCAACACUCUAAUUAUAAUAAUUGCCCUGGGCAAUAACUAUUCAUUAACAUAUGGCAAUAACUGAAAUGAUGGUGGGCAAUAACUAAAAAUAUACAGAUUUACGUGCAGUGAUUACCCACCGUUAAAAUGACCGUUAGAAAUCAAAUUUUAUCAGUUAUUUUCAUUGAUAAUGGAGAAAACACUUAUAAUUUCAUCAUGACUAAACACCAUUAGUUGAAUAUUAAAUAACUUGCAAAAAAAAUUAACCUCUAAGCAAGUAAUUCCUUAGUAAAAUUGUUAAAGUCUUUACCUGUUUGAGUAACAUUUUCACCCAUCUUGACAAAAUCCGCCAUAACUGUUUUUUUUUUAGUGUUUCCUAUUGUAAAUUUUAAAUCUACUGUACGUUGAUCUCGGAGCCAUCUACUUAGUAAAUUCAAAUCUAAUUAGAGUGAUUCAAAGUCAGCACCUGACAAUAUUAUUCUUAAAGUGGGCAAUCACUACCAGUGGGCAAUCACUCUCUGGUUUACCCUACCUAUUAUUAUUUAUUUCGAAUGUAUAGACGCAUGCAAUAUAAAUAAGUAGAAUACAUUUGUAUUUGCUUUGCUCUUGUUUGCUUUGCAUUUACUAUGAUUCCGUGCGAAACUAUCGGAAACUUUUCGUAUUAUUUUUACUAUAUUUUUAAUACUCGUAAUUAUGUACGUAAAAUGAACGCAUUUUGUGCCAUAAAAAGGAGUCAUUGUCUUUAUUAUAAGAACUAUUAGUGUAAACACUAGAAAUAUGAUAUUGUAAAUUGUUUUAAUUUAUUAUUAAGUAGGUUUACGUACUUAUUGUCAUUUGCAUAAUAUUUUAGUUCGGACACAAAGAAUACGACUUUCCUUUAAGUAAGUUUAGUUGUAAGUUGUAAAUAAAUGUAUAACUACACAAACUUGUUUUGAUUUCUGAUAUUGAUUAAUAUGUGCAUGUGGAUUUAGUGAUCCGUGCAUAUAAAGGCUUAUUUAUAAAGGCCUCGCCAAAUACAAAAUGUUGUAAGGUAACAUACAAGAAAUUAAUAAAGCCGCAACAUUAACACAAAAACUUAGUAAAUCAAUACAUCAACCGACAGACAGCAGAAGCAUAUUGGUCCUGUUAGGGUUCUGAGACCCAUUGCACCCUUUGAGAAGGGUACCUUAAAAAUUACAACACCUUUAGAACUGUUACUUCUAGUUGAAUUACUAGAAUUCUCAAUUG